UUUUUUUUUACUUUUUGCCAUUGUUAUGAUCUCUUCUCCCCUCUGCUCGCAAUUAUCCAAAGUACGAAACUUUGUUCAUUCCCGAGGGGAAACGAGACGACCCAUUUCGAUUAUCGUGGAAUCACGACCGUCAUUCGUCAUGCCCACUCUGUUUUUGAUGAUUUUAGUGACUUCAAUUCCGGUGUUUUGUGUCGCCGGCGAUGUGAUUCCGACAACCUCGGACGGCCCGUUCGAGCCCGUGACGCGGCGGUUCGACCCGUCUCUGAGGCGGGGAAGCGAUGACUUGCCCAUGGAUCAUCCGAGGUUGAGGAAGAGAAAUACCAGCUCGGAUUUCCCAGAACAGAUAUCUCUCGCUCUUUCAUCUCCGACCUCAAUGUGGGUUUCUUGGGUUACUGGGGAUGCUCAGAUUGGAAAAGAUGUAAAACCGCUAAAUCCUUCCUCGGUUGCUAGCGAGGUCUGGUAUGGGAAGGAGAAAGGGAAAUAUGUGCAUAGAAGGAGAGGCAAUGCCACUGUUUACAGUCAGUUGUAUCCCUUGGACCUCCUUAACUACACCUCCGGCAUCAUACACCAUGUCCUGAUAGACGAUCUUGAGCCAGGAACUAAGUACUAUUACAGGUGUGGAGACAGCUCUCUUCCUGCAAUGAGCGAUGAGAUCUCGUUCGAGACUUUGCCACUCCCGAGCAGAGAAUCAUACCCUCGUCGAAUAGCUUUUGUCGGGGACUUAGGUCUGACCGGAAACACGACAACCACUAUCGACCAUUUGAUGAAGAAUGACCCUUCUUUAGUGGUAAUUGUCGGAGAUUUAUCGUAUGCAAAUCAGUACCGCACAGUCGGUGGGAAAGGAGUUCCUUGCUUCUCGUGUUCGUUCCCCAAUGCACCUGUCAGGGAGACAUAUCAACCUCGUUGGGAUGCUUGGGGAAGGUUCAUGGAGCCACUGACCUCGAGGGUGCCAACAAUGGCCAUUGAAGGCAACCAUGAAAUUGAGCCUCAAGCUUCCGGGAUCAUGUUCAAGUCAUACUCUACAAGAUUUGCUGUUCCAUCAAGUGAGAGUGGCUCCAACACCAAUUUCUACUACUCCUUCGACGCUGGAGGAGUGCACUUCGUCAUGUUGGGUGCAUACGUUGAUUUCAACCGCACUGGUGCUCAGUAUGAGUGGCUAAAGGAAGAUUUGGCUAGAGUUGAUCGCACGGUGACACCCUGGCUCGUUGCAGCAAUGCAUCCGCCGUGGUAUAACAGCUACUCCUCACACUAUCAGGAGUUCGAAUGCAUGAGACAGGAAAUGGAAGAGCUGCUCUACCAAUACCGUGUGGAUAUCGUGUUUUCUGGACAUGUGCACGCUUACGAAAGGAUGAACCGUGUAUACAACUACACACUCAACCCAUGUGGACCAGUUUACAUAACCAUUGGAGACGGUGGGAACAUCGAGAAAGUGGAUGUAGACCAUGCAGACGAUGCUGGGAAGUGUCCUUCCCCGACAGACAACGUCCCUGAGAUUGGAGGAUCGUGCCCUUUGAUUUUCUCUUCCGGUCCUGCAAAGGGCAGGUUUUGCUGGGACACACAGCCAGACUGGAGUGCUUUCAGAGAGAGCAGCUUCGGCCAUGGAAUCCUAGAGGUCGUGAAUUCGACGCAUGCCCUGUGGACAUGGCACAGGAAUCAAGAUAGCUAUAAAGAUGAAAGCUUUGGUGAUCGGAUUUAUGUUGCUCGUCAGCCCAAUCUCUGCAUUUCCUCUGCAUCUUCCAUGGUAAGCAGAAGCAGAAGCCGGAGGGAAGGAAGAGAGAGCAGUCAAGUGGGAAGCUUAGGCUUCAUCCAUAUGAUUCCUUGACGCUUAUUUGGAUCUCUUCAUUGUUUUUGGAGAUUUUCAUAUAUACAUUCCAUAUAUAAAGAGUGACAGAUACAAAACA